AUGGUUGUUGGCAACAUUUACGUGAUCGCCGCAGUGUCGGUUGUUGGCGGUGGUCUUUUCGGCUUUGACAUUUCGUCUUUAUCUGCCCAGCUUGGGGAGCAGUCUUACCUUUGCUACUUCAACCAAGGUCCCCAUGGCCCUCCGUACACUAAUGAGAAGUGCUCCGGUCCUCAUGAGUUGGUUCAGGGAGGUAUCACAGCCGCCAUGGCUGCUGGUUCUUGGCUGGGCGCCCUUAUUUCUGGCCCUCUCUCUGAUCGACUUGGCCGCAAAUACUCCAUCAUGGUCGGAUGCAUAAUUUGGUUGGUGGGCUCGACACUCUGCUGCGCUGCCCAAAAUAUCGGCAUGCUCAUUGUGGGCCGCAUCAUAAACGGUCUGUGUGUCGGUAUCGAGUCAGCUCAAGUUCCCGUCUAUAUUGCCGAAAUAUCGCCUCCCUCUAAGCGUGGCCGCUUCAUCGGCAUGCAGCAGUGGGCUAUUACUUGGGGCAUCCUCAUCAUGUACUACAUUUCCUACGGGACUUCAUUUAUCGGUGAGCAGGAGUACUUUGGCUGGAAGGCUUCGUCUUUCCGCAUUCCAUGGGGCCUGCAGAUGAUUCCUGCCGUCUUCCUCUUCUUCAUGAUGAUAAUUUUACCCGAAUCUCCCCGUUGGCUGGCCCGCAAGGAUCGCUGGGAGGACUGUCGUUCUGUGCUGGCUCUUGUGCACGGAAAGGGGAAUCUCGACCACCCUUUCGUUGCCAUGGAGCUUCAGGAUAUCAAAGACAUGUGCGAGUUUGAGCGUCGUCACGCCAAUGUCACUUAUUUCGAUCUUUUCAAGCCCGACAUGAUUAAUCGAACUCUGAUCGGCCUGUUUACACAGAUUUGGUCGCAGUUGACCGGCAUGAACGUCAUGAUGUACUAUAUUGCCAAUGUUUUCAGCAUGGCCGGAUACGAGGGCAAUGCCAACCUUCUCGCAUCAUCCAUCAGCUACGUCAUCAACGUCUUCAUGACUAUCCCUGCUCUCCUAUGGGUCGAUCGCUGGGGCCGUCGUCCUACCCUCUUGGUUGGCUCCGUCCUCAUGGCGACCUGGAUGUAUGCCAAUGCUGGUAUUCUGGCCAACUACGCUGAGAUUGUUCCCGGUGGUAUCAAUGGUGUUGCAGCCCAGUCCAUGAGACUUACCGGUGCUCCUGCUAAAGGCCUCAUUGCCUGCACCUACCUCUUCGUCGCUUCCUUUGCUCCCACCUGGGGCCCCGUCUCUUGGAUCUAUCCACCCGAGUUGUACCCUCUGCGGCUCCGUGGCAAGGGCGUAGCCAUGUCAACUUCAGGAAACUGGGCUUUCAACACUGCCCUUGGCCUCUUCGUCCCUCCUGCUCUUGCAAGCAUCAAGUGGAAGACAUAUCUCGUCUUUGCCAUCUUCAACACGGUAGCAUUCUUCCACGUACUCUUCGUCUUCCCCGAGACUGCUGGGAAGACUUUGGAAGAGACCGAGGCAAUGUUUGAAGAUCCCAACGGGAUAAAGUAUCUAGGUACCCCGGCGUGGAAGACCAAGGUCGUCACCAAGUUGGUCGACCGGGCUGAGCAUGGUGACGUUGACGCCAAGCGAGCCGCCGAAUACAAGCUCUCUGAGGCUCACGAGCACGACGUGGAGAAGGCCGCCACACCUCCUGCGGCUUCUUAA